AUAACAUUCAUUAUUCUAUUUUUGUCAACUAAACAUUCGGUAUUUUAAUCAGUUUUCGUUUUAUCUAGACCCAUCGAAAUUACUGCAAACAAAAUAAAUUUGUAUUAUUAUCAUGAGAGGCUACUUUAGUAUUAAAAAUAUGUUAAUAUGACUCUUUUAAAAUUAUAUAUAAAUAAAACUGGCGAAAGAUUAAUUAUUUAGUAUUUUGAAAAAUAAGGAUUUUUCAAAAUGAAGAUAGCCAUAUGCAUUGCUUUUCUGUUGUCAGCUGCCCUAGCAGCCAACGUUAAAAUAAAUCCCCUCUCAGAUGAUUUCAUCAAUCACAUCAACAGCCAACAAAAUCACUGGAAAGCUGGGAAAAAUUUCGACGAAACCAUUCCUAUUAGCGAAUUUAAAAAACUUAUGGGUGUUCGUGAGGCCAUUUCAAAAUCAAGACGAACACCUACUGUUCACAGUAAAGACAUAGAAAUUCCUGAGUCGUUUGAUGCACGUACCAAUUGGCCAGAAUGCUCUAAAGUUAUUGGCGAAAUUGUUGAUCAAUCUGCUUGUGGUUCUUGUUGGGCUGUAUCAACAACUUCUGCUAUCAGCGACAGAAGAUGCAUUGCAUCCGGUGGUAAGCUGCAAGUGCCUGUUUCUGCCAUAGAUCUAAUGUCCUGUUGUUGGGUAUGCGGUGAUGGCUGCAAUGGAGGAACUAUGGAAUUCGCAUGGGACUAUUGGAUUAAUGCAGGUAUAGUCACUGGAGGCGGAUAUAACAGUUCCUUGGGGUGCAAACCUUAUCCGUUUAAACCUUGUGACCACCAUGUUGAGGGUAAACACGUACAGUGUACAACUUUAUCGUACGACACACCCCCUUGUUCUCAAGAUUGUUAUAAUGAAUUAGACUUUAAUUCUGAACUGACCUUUGGUAAAUCUGAGACACAGGGUUUCGGGGCCGUUGAAGAUAUACAGCGAGAAAUUUCAACAAAUGGACCUGUUACGGCGUCUUUAGCAGUUUUUGAGGACUUCUUGAGUUAUAAAAGUGGUGUCUACCAUCACGUUGUUGGAGAGAAGUUAGGUUUGCACGCAGUAAGAAUCAUUGGAUGGGGUACUGAAAACAAUGUUGCUUAUUGGCUCGUUGCUAAUUCUUGGAACGAAGAUUGGGGUGAUCUCGGUCUAUUUAAAAUCAGAAGAGGUGAAAACGAAUGUGGUAUCGAAGAAGUGGUAAAUGCAGCGCAAGCAAAAGUAUAAAUAAUUAUUACGCUUUAAAUAAAAUUGUAAUGAUUUCAUUAUAUUUUUGUUUUAAUUUAAUUUAAUUUCCACUUUACUGUAGUUUUUCUAGUAAGAUUUCUAUUUUGUUUUAUUCUACUUUAAAAUUAAUUUCCAUAGUAAUAAGAUUUUUAUAUACUUAUUGUAUCAGCAAGGUUGCAUUAAAUUAUAAAAUGUCUCAUGCUAUAUAUAUUAAGAUGUAAUAAAGUAUAACAUAUACAAAUAAACUAGAAAACGAUAAAAAAAUAAACCAAGAUAAAUAAAAUUGAAUCAAUUAAUAAAUAGAAUAAAAGUGUUACCUUCAUAAAUAAAUUACAUCAAUUUCAAGAAAAUGUCCUGAUCAAUGUUAUUUAUGGUACUUAGUAAUUUCCUUUAAAUAUUAUUCUUUCACUCGUACAAUUAUUUGUACAAAUUUUAACUUUUUGAACCUAAAAUAAAUUUCAUUAAUGUGUAAAUUGAUAAGAAUGUGAAAUGACACCCUGUAUAUCAAAUUAAAACAACAUAAAACAUCAAAUAUUUAAU